AUGAUGAAUAAAGAGGAUUUUACAGACACGAAAAGGUUAGUCAUAACUAACGGCAUGUUUAUUAUAGACGACAUUGAGCGCAGUAAACACAAUAUUCAUUAUAAAAAUGUCCCAGGAGGCGGUGGGACUUUUGCCAUUUUGGGAGCAUGUAUAAUAUCUUCCGGCAAUGCCACCUCCAAGGGUUUGAAGUGGAUAGUGGACAGAGGCUCUGACUUUCCAAAGGAGGUUGUGAGAGAGAUAGAGUCUUGGGGUACAGAUGUGCGGUUUCGAGAUGACUUUAGUAGAUUAACCACGAAGGGGCUUAAUUAUUACGAGGACGAUGAUUUGAGAAAGUUCAAGUUUUUGACGCCGAAGAAGCAGAUUAACGUUGAUGAUUGGAUUAAUACAUUCGGGCGGGAAGUGAUAGAUGGAAUGCACGCUUUCCAUCUGCUAUGUUCCGGGUCUAGAUGCUUGGACAUGAUUAACGAUUUGCUACGGGUGAAAAGUGCAAAAAGCACAAAACCAGUCAUAAUUUGGGAGCCCUUCCCAGAUCUUUGCGACUUUGACCAUCAAAAUGAUAUUAAACGUGUGAUGCAGAGAAAGGAUGUUACCGUGAUACUCUCUCCAAAUGCUGAAGAAUCAAGUCGCUUAUUCGGUUUGAAUAGCAAAGAGCCGACUCGUUUGGAAGAAUGCCUCGAAUUGGCGCACCGUUUCGACGGCUUCAUGGAUGAAAAUAAUAUGUGUAUUCUAAGAUGCGGCGCCCUCGGAAGCAUAUCAAUAAGUGAGAAGCUUGAGAAUGGGCGAGCCUAUAACCAUUUCCCGGCGUACCAUUUCAAGACUCAGUCUAAAGUUCUAGACCCCACUGGUGGAGGAAAUUCGUUCCUUGGUGGCUUUUCAAUUGCUUAUGCGCUAACAAGAAGCUUAGCUAUUGCUAGUAUAUGUGGAAACAUCGCGGCAGGCGCCAUCAUCGAACAAAUAGGGAUACCAAGGUACGAUCCUAUUGCUAAAACUUGGAAUGAAAUUACAUUCUUGGAUAGACUUAGAUUUUACCUUUCACAGUUUGGUCUUCAAUAUAAUAUAAAGGACAUUUACAAAAGUUUAACACAAUGA